UAUUAUAAGUCUUUUCAUAUAAAUUGCAUUGCUUAAUGAUUAUUUCAAAUAUUAAUUCAUAUUUCUCUUUUCUUAUACACGUAUAAAGAUUGGAGCAAAAUCCAUUGUACAUUUGGAUUUUAUGCUUCAAAACUGACAAGCAAUUUAUUCUCUCCUGUGCACACUUUGAAAUUUGACCGAUCUUUGACAUCAAAUUUAUUUAAUGAAUGCUUCCGGUGGUAUUUUGUUUUGUUUGUUGAGUUCGGUGAAAACAAAUCCAGCUCGUUGGAAAUCCCAGUUGGUUUCUUCCAAGCAUCUGAAAAAUUGAAAUUAUCAUUUUUUUUUUAAAUUUGAAUUUUGAACUAAUUUUUCUUUCGCUUAUAACUUUAUAUCUAAAAAAAAAUACAUACUUUCGACUCCAUUCGGCGUUCAUUUGGCUGAGCUGUGCCAUAGCCUCAAUCAUUUGAAGUUUCGUUGCAUCGUCUGGCGGUAGACUUGUGUUGAGUGCACUUGUUGGCGUUGGAACGACUGGCGGUUGAAUUGGCCCCGUUGUCACAGGCACUGGUGCGAUCGGUUUGAAUGCCGUUUUGACUUGGGCCAUCGUGAGCUGGGUAACGUGGAGAAUGUCAUUUUUUAUACAGAAUCCUCCGCCCAUCGGUACAAUUACUAGCGAACGAUGGAACGAACGUAAAUCAUUUCGAAUUGUAGUUGAACCAGACUGUUUUUCACGGAAUAUUCCCGUCACUGUGAGCAUUAUCAGAGCAGGCUGUUGAAGAAGAAGAAGAAGUAGACGCCAGAAGUUACAUUAGAUAUUUUAGUUGAAAUAAAAAAGAAUUCUAUCUAAAAUAAUUUGGGAGAAUUGAAAUGGGGAAGCUUACCGUAAACAAUGUUAAAUCGACAGCAAAUGACUGUGGAUCGUGCUCGCUCUUCGGCAAUUCUGACAAAAAUGAAACCACAGGUAAUCGUCCACAUUUGAGCAAUGUUAUCCGCUUUUCUGGGUCUUUGACACGAAGCAAAUUUCGGCUAUGUGGCAAAUAGUUGACCAAUCUGAAAUGAAUAAAAUUGGGUAUUAUUCCUUGGUACGAUACUUUUUUUUUUGUCAACUGAUCAAUUAUUUCAUGGUCAUUCGAACGAUGUAUACUUACCGGUGAUCAGGAUUUGGAUGAUAUGUACAACUCAGUGAGAACAUGGCAUUUUCGUGGUAAGCGUCCAAUAGUGGUUGACGGUUGUCCGAAUCGAAUACCGCAAAGUAUUGUUGUAGAAACUGGCGCACAAUUUCAGCACCAGCUUGAUCGACCAAAAAGGAUGCUUUUGCUGGUGGCAUUUUAUUUGAAUCUUCAGUUUCAAUAUCGAAACCGAUUUGGGCUGGUAAUUCAAUGCCAUCCUAUGACAGAAAACAAUUCACAAUAUAAUUCCGAAUUUUGAUAAACUCUUCGAUUCCAAUUCAAACUCACCAAUUUUUGUAACUUCGGCAAUCGUUUUCGUACCUCUCUGUAUCAAAUAGAAUGAAUAUAAUAAACGUUUGUAAAAAAAAUGUUACCCAAUUGGCGUCGAAGACCAUGAUGGCAAGGUCACACUCCAUAUUCAACGUAAACAUACAACGAUGUCGAUGUAUAUUUUGAGUUUGUGAGUUGACUUGAUACCUGCUAACUUAGUCGACUCGGCUAUCUUUUAUACAAUAUAAGCUUAUCUAUUUUCUUAUGUGCUUCUUACGGUGUAAAUGACAAGCAUAUUCAAUAUUCUUAUGAUGUUUGGAGCAGUCUUUAUAUAAUUCAAUAAGAUGGUAGUCAUUCUUUUACUGAACUUUGGGUAACAAUCGGUACAAAAUGCCAAUUUCUGGAAUCCAUCGAUUGCGUUAUUUGAUUUGAAUUUGGAUUUCUGAACCAUGCUUUUCGGUUCCGAUUUCACGUGAUUAUAUGCAAAAAAUAAUAUGAGAAGAGACAAACUAAUAUUUUCUUCUUUUUUUUCUAAAGCUGAUUUUUUAAAUUUUUCUUGAAUAAUUUUCUUUUUGUUUGUUUCUGUUUUUUUUUUUCAUCGCCUGUAUUUUUUUCGUAUAAGCAUUCGACGAAUGAUAACAUUACACAAUUUGAUGUGACAGUUCGAAUAAAUCAUCAGUUUUAACAAAUGUGUUGAUGGAUGUGUUUUGAUCAAUCGAAGCGAAAUCAACAAUUUCAAUUCAUAAGCAAAUUCUUUGACAGAAUUCGUCGUAGUCGUCGUAGUUGUAAUCAGUCUGGCAAUUGCUUACUCAGCAAAUUUGCCUUCCUUUGACUGUUUUUUUUUUGUUCCGUCGUCUAAUGACCUGACUCAUAUCAUACGGAUCGUUUCUGUUUACUUCAUGUCGAUGAAAUUAACAAUUGCUAGGUCAUUUCCGAACGAUUUGAUGCACCAAAAUUACUUCAAACUAGAAAAAUUCAUUGGCCACUGUCAAAUUGUCUCUUUGACAUAUAUUGCAACCAGUCGUUCGAUAGUAAAUUGGUUUCUCACUCAGUUCUGUCAACGAGAGGUAGAUGUUUUUUUUGCAUGUGUUAAACAAUUUUUACAUUUGUUUUUUCGUUCAAAAUACUUUGAUAAUUGCAGGUUCGCUAUCAAUUUUUCAUGAAUCAGUUUCCAUCCGUACUCCCGAAGUCGAAUGAAUGGGAACACGAUCACAUGAUGAUUCAAACACACCAAUCACCAUUCGUAACGAUUAAACACAUAUUUUCAUGAUGACUCAACUUUUUAUGUUAUCAAACCUCAACACUGCAUGUACUUUUGAUUUUUUUUUAUUUAAAUGAUAUUUUUUCAGCAACUUUUUUCUUUUUGCUUCAGACGUUUUGUUUGUUUUGAUUUUAUUUCGCUGAAUUCUUUGCGUUUUUUUUAAAUGAAUGUCUCAUCUCAUAUUAUCAUAAUAUUCAAUACAUUUUUUCUGUUUACAUGAACACCCGACCAAAAUCAAAUCAACUAUCGACAACAAUGAUUCGAUUCAUCCUUUUUAUCAUGUUUUCCAUGGCAAUUUAGAGCGAUGUUACGUUUUCAGCACCUUAAAUCGAGUGAAAUGUAUUCAUCUCGUUACACAAUGAACUCGACUGUAAAGAUUUAACACCAAUAUAUUGGCAAAGCAAUGAAUCCCUUCAUCAAAGAUGUAAAGAAAUAUGUAUCAAUUCUUAAACACUAUGAAUGAUGGCUAAUUUAACCGUAGGCUUGAAAGAAAUAAGAGUAAAAUACAUUUGGCAUUAGUGUUGGAAAUUUAUUUAAAGUGUACCUUUUGUAGACAUUUUCGUCGCGCAAACGAUCGCAAAUGGGAUUUCCUUUCAGUACGAGGUCGAUGAUGUUUGAGUUCUUCAAUGGUUCCAAAGUAUUUGCCGACUGAAUCUAUGUGAUUGAAGUACAGAGAGACCAAGAAAUAUUCAAUUAUUAUGCAUUCUUGAAUAGUGCUAGCCAACUUCAGGCCAAUAUAACGUACCUUGUUGUUUGACAGGUAUAAAAUUUUCAGGUUCGGCAAUUUGUUCAUCAAAUUUCUGAACAUUUCCAAUGUGUAGAUUUUGUUUCCGUCCAAAUUUAGAGCCUCCAAGUCGGAAAUAUUCUCUGUGAUGAUGUCGGAGGCUGCUGCAAAAAUCGGUGCCCGUGACAAGCCACAGUAAAUGUCACGUAAAUCGACAUCCAAAUGGAAUUGUGUUAAAUCUAGGGCUUUGGUUGCAGCAUUAUAACGUUUUGCCAUCGCCAAUUUCAUGCGGUCGCGUGUGUUUGCAUCCAGCUUGACCGGUGGAAUUCCAUUGCGUACUUUUACAAUCAAUUUGAAGCCAUUUGGCAUUUCGAUGGUUCUAUCAACGUUUGCCAAAAUUUUGGCCAUCUUGAAAUCGUCAAUGUAGAACGAUACAGACUGUGUUUCAACAUUCCAAUAAUGCGGUAUGAAUAUCUCUGGCGAAAUGGCGUUGAGCAACGACUUUAAAACGAAAUCUUUAUCAUAUUUGUUGCCGUGUGGAAUCUAUUGGUGCAAAUAGAGGAUUUGAAUGGAAAAAACCAUAAUUUGAAAAUAAGAAGACUCUUCUCGUUUUACUUACGGUCACUUGAAACCAUCCCGAACCAUUUUCAACGAGCCCCUUCGUUUUAUUGCGAGCUGAUCCUGGAAUCGGAGAGUUGCGUCGACGGAAUGUGCUUGCUUUGCUUGGAUCGAAGUCAACCAUUCGUUCAUCAUCUUCUUCGAGUUGGGCACGGAUUCCCUGCUCAAUAUUGCCCCUUUUUAGGUUCAGUUUGCUCGCAGCAACAACCCCUGUCUUGAAACUGACACGACGAUUUCCACCUUUGUUUGGCUUUCGAAUUGUGAUAUCCGACGGGUUACGGUCACGGUCGUCAUGUUCUAGAGUGAAAGAAAUGUGAAAAUAAAAUGAAUGAAUUAUGAACAAAAGAAGUAUAAUGAAGGAAACACAGCUGCGUUAAAAAUCGCAUCAAGACAGUAUAUCGUCUGUGUUUAUAUAUUAUUAUAAUGUAUAUCAACAAGCUUUUUUCUGCUUGUUGAUGAAAUGUGGUUCACAUUGGACUGAAACAUCUUAUCUGUAAAGAAAGAUGUUUCCUAUAAAUAAACCUACACAGCAAUUUUGUUCAUAUUUCGUAGACUCGUAGACUCGUCUUACUCUACGUGUCUGCGAUUUUUUUUUCAGGUAGAUCAUUUACAAAGAAUAUCAAUGUAUUGCAAUGAAAAAAUAUUCGGAACAAAUGUUGAGAAUUGCCACAUUUAUAGGAGAAUUAUGAAAUCAUCAUUCCAUUUACGUCACAUUAAUGACCUUUAGCUUUUGAAAAGUGAUUACGGAUCAAGUACCUUUCUUCGGUUUGUUUUUUCUAUACGUAAAUAGAAAAACAUUUCUUUCACAAAUUCCAAAUAAGUUCAAUGAAAACAUUAUGGCAUUUCGAUUGAAGUUUUAAAUGUUGGAUUUUCGAAAAAAAAAUGAAAUGUGAAAGUCGUUUUCUAGACAACAGGCGUGUGACAGCCAAAAUGGCGCACAAUAUCCGAAACAAAGGAUUACCACACAUUAUUUAUUUAACUCACCAUCAUAUUGUCUUCCCUGAUAUUUUUUGCUCCAAACAUUAUUCCGUUUAAACUGUCUCGGCAUAUUUAAACGAUUUUCCACAAUACUUUCGAAAAAAUAUGUAUAAAUAAAGACUUUGGUACAAUUGACGAUAAUAUUACGUGUGAUGCUUUGAACGUGCACGAAUUUAUUCAUGUACAAACAUGAAAAUAUAAGUGCCUACGGUAGAAAGAGUCAGAAUAGCUGUCAAAAGUCAUUCAAGUACUACAAAUUCACUCUAGGAUACUUUUAUGAAUGAGCUGAAUGUUUUUAGAUUGACAGGCGCACACAACCAACUUCACACUGUUGUCGGCGCUCAAAUUGUCAGAAUUUCUGUUCAACCCACAAAGUCGCGUGCUGCAUCUCGAAUAUUCGUAUCCACUGUUGGUUCAUUGCUGAAAGUAGACAAUUUUUUUAAAUUAAAUCGCAAAAAUGUCGUCAAUUAGUUUAUUAAACCCGAAAGCGGAAACAGCCCGUGCAGCUCAAGCAUUGGCCAUCAACAUUUCGGCAUCCAAAGGUUUGCAAGAAGUGAUGAAAACCAAUCUGGGACCAAAAGGCACAAUGAAAAUGUUGGUUUCUGGAGCUGGUGACAUUAAAAUCACCAAGGAUGGUAAUGUUUUGCUUCAUGAAAUGCAAAUUCAACACCCGACCGCUUCGCUCAUUGCUCGUGCAUCGACUGCACAAGAUGAUAUGACCGGUGAUGGUACCACAUCAACAGUUUUGCUCAUCGGUGAACUGUUGAAACAGGCCGAUAUUUUGUUGACCGAAGGUGUUCAUCCACGUAUUUUGACCGAUGGUUUCGAUUUGGGCAGAAACAAAGCUUUGGAGAUUUUGGACACAAUGAAAAUUCCAAUUGAGGCAACAAAGGAAAGUCUUAUCGAUAUUGCCAGAACAUCGUUGCGCACAAAGGUUCAUUCAGCGUUGACCGAUGUUUUGUCCGAAGUUUGUGUUGAUGCACUCUUGUCGAUCUACCAGAAUGGAAAGGCAAUCGAUUUGCACAUGGUCGAAAUUAUGGAAAUGCAACAUAAAUUUUCGACGGAAACUCAAUUGGUGCGCGGUAUUGUUUUGGAUCAUGGUUCCCGUCAUCCGGACAUGCCGAAAUCACUUGAGAAUGCCUACAUUUUAACGUGCAACGUUUCAUUGGAAUAUGAAAAAUCCGAAGUAACAUCGGGAUUGUUCUACAAAACCGCCGAAGAACGUGAGAAAUUCUUGACAGCCGAACGUGACUUUAUCGAUCAGCGUGUGAAGAAAAUUAUCGAGCUGAAGAAAAAAGUGUGCGAUGGCACUGACAAAUCGUUUGUGGUGAUCAACCAAAAAGGUAUCGACCCAUUCUCAUUGGACUUGUUGGCCAAGGAAGGUAUUAUGGCAUUGCGUCGUGCUAAGCGUCGUAACAUGGAACGUUUAACCUUGGCCUGCGGUGGAAUCGCAUUGAAUUCGUUCGAUGACAUGGAUGAAUCACACCUUGGUUUCGCUGGUUCCGUGUACGAACACGUUUUGGGCGAGAACAAAUACACUUUUGUCGAGAAUGUGAAACACCCACAGUCGGUGACCAUUUUGAUCAAGGGCCAGAAUCGCCAUACAAUCAUGCAAGUCAAGGAUGCAAUCCGUGAUGGUUUGCGUGCUAUCAACAAUGCCAUUGAAGAUAAAUGUUUGAUUCCAGGCGCUGGAGCCUUUGAAGUUCGUGCUUACAACCAAUUGAUGGUUUACAAAGACACCGUCAAAGGAAAGGUUCGUCUUGGCAUUCAGGCUUAUGCAGCAUCAUUGUUGGUGAUUCCAAACACCUUGGCCGUUAACUCCGGCUACGAUGUGCAAGACACAAUCGUUAAAUUGCAAGAAGAAGACCGAUUGAGUCCCGAUCCAAUCGGUUUGGACAUUACAACCGGCGAAGCGGCCAAACCAACCGACUUGGGAGUGUACGACAAUUACAUUGUCAAAAAGCAAAUCCUCAACUCCUGCUCCGUCAUUGCCAGCAACCUGCUUCUUGUCGAUGAAAUCAUGAGAGCCGGUAUGACCAGCCUCAAAGGAUAGACCACAUGAACAAAUCUCAUAUUUUUCGCAUUUUACGUUAUAACAAUGUCGGUAUUGAAUCCAGCGUAACCGAACGUUGGAUGUUAUUAAUCGUUUAUUUCUCACUGAAAGAUCAAAUAAUUAAAAAAAAGAAAAUAUUUUGUCACGAAAUCAUUUGCUACACUUACAUUAACCCAAUAACUAAUCUUCAAUAAAACACAAUUGCUUUAAAA